GAAGCGGCGGGGGAAGGAGCUCUCGGCCCGCCGGAACGGAGCGAGGGAGCGCAGGAGRCGGCUCUGUGCGGUUCCCCUCGCCYGCCGGAGCCCCAGGCUGCCCGGGAACUGCUUCUGUUGUACACACGUUGAUGUGAACAUCAUAGUGAUAGUUCACCUUGAUCAUCACCAGAACAAACUCCAGAAAAGAUGGAAGACACGGAGCCGUGGUACUCCCACAAAGUGUACACAAGGUACUGGAGGCACUAUGACUUAGCCAUGCGCUGGAUGCGGAGGCACCAGAGGGCCUACAGGAAAGCCAUGGAGUCCUUUUAUCGCCUGCCUUGGCAUCSUUGGCAUCCUGCUGCAACUUCUCCAAGCAGCCACUACUCAGACUGGGAUAGGAAUGAUCACCCAUAUACCCCAAACUAUUCUUCCACCUGUAGACCAGAUGUCAGAGUUUCAUGUCAUGGGGGAGCUCAGCAGUACACAGGUGCCUACCAAGAGAGGAAGGAUGCUGACGAGAACUCUGAAAUGGAAGAGGAUGCUGAAAGGGACUCUGAAAUGGAGGAAGACUCGGAGUCUGAAGGGGAGAUAGAAUAUGACUUGAGUAACAUGGAAAUCACAGAGGAGCUUCGCCAGUUUUUUGYAGAGACAGAGAGGCACCGAGAGGAACUGCGGAGGCAGCAGCAGCUGGAAGCUGAGGACCCAUACGUGGAGGCUGAUCAAGACCUGCACAGGAGGGUGGAGCGUUCUGUGGAGCCGCCUACAGAAAGACCUGGAGAGAGGCGCAUGGCAGAAAUGAAAAAGCUSUAUGGUGCUGAAGCUGCCAAAAUCCAGGCAAUGGAGGCUGCCAUGCAACUUAUCUUCGAUAGGAACUGUGACAAAAAGCAGCCCAAAUACUGGCCCAUUAUACCCCUUAARCUCUGAGUACCUGGACUGUGCUCUGGCCUGGCACAGAACUACAGGGUCAGGUGCCUCAGGCUGGGCUGCUGAAAGAGCAAAUUGCAAAUUUUGGGUUUGGACUUUGGGGGAGAGUCUUGCAAGGACAGCAUUUAUUUCUUUGGCUUUUUUUUUUUUUUUACAGUAUCUGCCUGCAAUGCUCACAGUCAAUGCUCACAGUCAACCCACAUACAGUUGUCAAGUAGUAAUAGACGCGACAGGAAUAUCUAACCUGUCUAAAGUUCACUCAUUUUGAUACCCACUUGCCUUGACUGUGCUUGCAAGAAACAUAACAAUGUCCAUACCCAAUGAACUGGGAAAACUUAAAGCGAUGCAGAAAAGUAAAAGACUUUAGGUAUGGUCUCCUCUUCCCGUUUAGGAAUUUGAGUGAUCCCAUUUUUUAGUCUUAUUUAAUGUAGUAGUAUUAGGAUCCUGUUUCACACAGCAUAGCUUGAAGUGUUAUGUCUGCUAAUGCUGGAUUUUUUUGAGAACCAGCAGCCCACUGGCCAAGAUACAACUUAUCAAAUUACCAUAGCCCAGACAUUUGAAUUCUUUUUCAAAGGUUCAUAAUAAUGCAGGAAGUUUUUCUUCCAGACUGUUACUUGUCUGGUGGGAGUUUAAAGCAACAUUAUAUAGAAAAAUGUUUUAAUGAAGGGGGUGGAAGGGUUGGGUAGAAGCCUGAUGUGGUCCUGCCUGUUAGAAAUCUGUUUAGCAGAAGAGAAACUUAAGRGGACACAGCACUACUAGGGCCAGUGCCUGUGGUGAUUUUUGCCAUUCUAAUAAAAAGCAUCAAUGGGCUUGAAGGCUUGAAGCUUUAAAGACUUGCUAGUUUGAUAGACUGUCUGAACAGUGUAUGGGGAGCUGUGGAAGCCAGGUAGCCCUGUGGGCUAUGUCUGUUUUAGGUGCAGCUUUCCAAUGCCCAAGUUCAUAAGACAUGCACAAAAUUUAAACACAAGUAAAUAGAUGUGUACUCAUCUGUCUGUAAAGAGAUGUGCAUCUGUGUGGGCUCAUCCAUCUGCACUGGCUGUUUGGUUCUGCUUCUGUCUCUAUUUUUGGCCAGUUGUGUUUGCCCCACCAAUAGCUCUCCAUGUGGAGUGAGCCAUACUGGUGGUUUGUGUAAGAGAGGCCAAACUGGCCCCUCAAAACCAGUGGCUCCUUAGAAAAUGGUGCCCUGAACACAUGAAAGGAUUCUGUGUGAAGCUCUGCUGAUAAAUACCACUGUGUGCUGAAGGGCUGUACUUCGUGUUGCAGCAUUUCCAUGCCAUGGCAAAGGAACCUUCUGCUGCUUUAAUAGUGACAUAUUCAUCCACCUUCCUGGCAAUGGAGGAAGGUCACAAGUAAAAUUUUCACUUCAGUUCAUGCAGACUGAGUGUCCACGGUUUCUUUGUAAUGUGUAGUUUGCAGUACAUACCAGGAGUUGCUGUGCCCUCUGCAGCAGCCAGCUGCAACAAAGYAAGUCUGCAGUGCAGUAUGGAAUAGCUUUGCUUUCAGUAGUAGUUACUGUGUUUUCAAAGCAACAUUUCCAUGUCAGUUCCACCUCUUGCACUUUAGAUGUGAUGAGAUGAAGUUAAAUUGAACACUGAAAUUAAAAAGCAUCCAGUUUCCAAGACUUAUUUCUGGUGUGGUUAAUCUGAAAAGCUUCAGUGAGACAGGAGAGUGAAAAGGAUAAUUACAGUCCUGCAUUUGUCUUCACUCUAGUUUUUGGCGGGUUUUCUCAAAAAUUCACUGUUUUAUUUAGGUUUCCUUUCACUGACCAAAUAAAUUUUCUUCUUAACACCUUGUAAUUUACUUUCAUGUUUUUUAUAUAAGCAAACUUCCACACUAGAAYGGUUCAGUUCUUAGAUGCUAAACCUUUCUUUUAGCUGCUGUAUUGUUAGGGAAGAUUGAASUUAGAGCAAGAGCAGUUUUAACAUAUGGAGAAGCACGAGGAGUGUUGACAGGACUUUCACAGGAAUGCCAGUCAAUACCACACGUGUAUGGWGUGGUGCAAAAUGAAUGGGAGGGUUGCUGUCUCCACUGGGAGAAAACCCUGUCACACAUCAACAUGCAUAAAUCUCUCUGUUCCUAUUUGGAGUGUUUCCAGUCUGGUGAUGGUGUUUUCCCC